GGCUCCUAGCGCAGCGCCGACGCUCAUCUCCCUCGCAGCGCCGCUCAGGCUCUGUCCCUCGGCGCAGAUCUUCUGCUCCUCCCCCACUCGCGCUCAGGCUCGGUGCCAAGGAUCGGAUCUUCCGCGCGUCGGCGGCUCCCCCUCGGCGGCGUCCAGCGACGGAGGGGCAGUCCCAGGCUCGGCGGCGGCGUCGGCGGCUCCCCCCACCUUCUGUCGCCAGUCGCCUCGCGCCCUCGCCUGCGUCCUCCGCGCACCGGCCGACGACCCUGCGACUGAAGAAUAGAGAAACAUGUCGUCUGGUGGUGUGAAAGAUUUUUACCGGCAGAAAAAGAAAGGAGGUGUGACCAAGGCAGCAGCAUCUUCGAAGAAGAAGACACAGCAGUACACUGGUGGGGCCUCUGUUGGCGCCCCAGAUACUGCUCAGACAUCAGCUCUAGUUUCUCAUGGCUCCUGGGAUCUCAAAGAUGAUUUUGGUGAUCAAGAAGAGCAGCUGCGUCAGUUUGACAUGGACAUGAAAUUUGGCCCAUGCAUUGGUGUUACUCGGCUUCAGCGCUGGGAGCGAGCCUCAGCCAUGGGCCUCCAUCCACCAGCUCAUCUCCGGGACCUCUUACUGCAUGCGCCAUCAACAAAGAAUCGCAGUGACGGUAGUCCCUCUGUUGAGUGCCUUUGGGAGGGUAAUGUCUAGAAGAAAUACCUAAUAUGAUAAGCACUCAGCUCGCCUUUUUCAUAGUAACUGGUUCCAUCUUCUCCUAUCAACCUAAAUCCCCCGCCACACUAAACAUCGACCCCCAGAUCACUUCUCUCUACUUCAAGCAGUUAACUGAAGGCACCUGCACAUGCAACCUCUUGUUGCUGUAUGUUGGCACAUGUUUGUUUCUCUUGCACAUGUUUGGUAAUAACAGUAUACAUAGAUAGCUACAUGUCCGUAUGAUGGCACUUCUUGC